ACCAAAAAAGUACGAAGCGAAAGCGGAAAAUGUGGAGGAGGCUGUGGUAUGGUCUUGCAUUCAAGCAUAACGUAUGUGCGGCUGUUGGGAGGAGGCAACCUACUUCUUGCCCUCAUUCGUGGGGGUUGUUGGCUGGAUCUUCACCUACUCCUGCUCAUCCUUCUCCGAUGCCGCUUUGGGGAACUGUUAAAUACUUUGCCGAUCAAUCCCAGUCCAAUAAUGGAGGAGGAGGAGGAGAACCGGAUAGCAUAACGUUUGACGAGGCUAAGAAACUGAUGAGACUGGUGAAUGUGGAAGCACUCAAGGUUAAGCUUGGCGCGGAAGGGAAGGAAGUCAUCGGCUACUCCGAACUCCUGCGGGCCUGCGAGAGUAUGGGCAUGGCUAGAUCUCUGGAGGAGGCUAUUGCUUUUGCUCGCGUCCUCGAUGAAGCAGGAGUCGUCCUUCUCUUCCGCAACAAGGUCUACCUUCAUCCCGACAAGGUAGUGGAUCUGGUUAAAAGAUCAGUACCCCUUGCCUUGACUGCUGACGAUGACCCUGAGAGAGAUGAGCUGAAGAUGCUGCAGAAAAGGAAGGAAGAAAUUGAUUUGCUGGCACAUAAGCAGGUUAGGCGAAUCCUUUGGACUGGGCUGGGUGCCGCUGUGGUACAAGUUUCCCUCUUCUUCCGGUUGACUUUCUGGGAAUUCUCAUGGGAUGUAAUGGAACCCGUUGCAUUUUUCACGACAACCACGGGCAUAAUCAUAGGCUAUGCCUAUUUCCUCUUCACCUCUAGGGAUCCAACUUACCAAGACCUGAUGCAGAGGCUUGUUCUCUCAAGGCAAAGAAAACUGUUCAAGAAGCAUAAUUUUGACAAUAACAGAUUCAAGGAGCUGCAACAAAAGUGCAAAACACCCCUAGAUGCAACUGCUUCGAUUAAAAACCAGGAAGGUCUGAAACUGGAGUUGGAGGAUGCUCUACGUCGGGACUGAGUACCGACAUGAUUCCUUUUCGACCACCCUUCUCUUUUAGGGCCUUUUAUAUUUUUUCUUCUCAUUCUGUCUUGGUAACCAUCUUAGUUCAUGCUGUUUUUGGAGGCAAGCUAAAGGUAAAGCUAUUUAUUUUACGGCACAUGGUUACCUUCUAUUUGCCUUUAAGUUUUUGAAAGCCUGCAAUUGCAGCUUCUCCUUACAAAAGAAAGACAUUACUGUUUGUAAUCUAUUUUGGCAUCCUUCAUUUCUAUUUUUAUUGGAUUGAUAGAGGAGCAUAAGAAUGACAUUGUAAUCAAA